AUGGUUCGAAUCACAUCAAUUCUCGCUAGAGUUCCAGUUAUAAAGUUCCGGAAAGGUGGUGGCGGUGGAGCCGCCACUCCUGCUGGAGCACCAGCUGCUCCGGCUGCGGCAGCAGCACCUCAAGCGGCUACACAAGCUCAACCAAGCGCGGCGAUGAGCACAGGACCCAUAUCUGACAUUGAUUUGCCUGCACGCUAUAGAAGACUACCCCUCUCUCAAGAGGAAAUUGACCACAUCAACGGCGGUGGAGUCAUGAAUGGACAACAAACAAUGCCCACUGAAGCAACAUCAGGCUUCAUGGUACCUCGAGCCAUAAUGCUUCAGUAUGGAAAAAAGGGUGAUGUAAUAGUCUUCAAAAUGUUGCUACAAAAGGUUGAAAAGACUGGGAAAUAA